ACCUUCGGGGUGACUUUUAUUGGACCAGGUGUCAGAUUUGGGAGCGGUGUUAGACAAGGACACAGAAGAAGGGCACCUGGUGCCCAGAAACUUCUCAAACUAAGCAAAAAGCCUGUGACAAGGAGAAAAACAUGGCAGAAAAAAUAGCAAUUGAAGUGGGGAAUUCUUUCCCAACUAUAUGGUUGGUCACAGAAAAGAUGUCCCUAAAAUCACCUUGAUCCUUGCAUAUUGCCCAGAUGACCAUGGCUACAACAGUACUCCAACCCUACUGGGAGGAAGGAUACGGCCUUUAUUCAAAUAAGUCAGGUGUAGCCAAUCACGGGGCAGAGCAUUUGAUGCUAGGAGACAAUGGCCAGGUGGUUGCUUAGCGCAAGGUGAUUGUGACACAAUGGGCUGUCCACGUCUCCGGCUACCAGUCUGGAGAGAGGUGUGGGAUGGGGGGCACACUUUAUGAGUACGGCUCGCAGAAAUUUGCAGAGAGUACAAGAGUGGGGAGGCUCAUGGAUAUUCAGGAGUCUGAAGAGGGUUUCACUCGAGUGACCCCAGGGCCCUGUGCACACUCUCUGCCCCCAACAAGCCUGACCUCUGCUUUGGGGUCCCCUCCAACUUGAUCUUGUCCCAGUGCCAUUUUUCCUCAUUCCUGGCUCCCUGCCAAGCACCCAAGCACUCAGCUGGAUCUCUCAGAUCCCACUGCAAGGCCUUACUAUAAAAUGCAUGCAGAAGGUGACUUAGAACAUCUCCUAGAAAAGAGAGAGAUGGAGCAUGCUCUGUGUCCUGGCUCAUCACGGGAAGGGGCAUCCUUCCACUCUCAUUGUGCCUUUGCAAAGGCAGGACAUGGCCCGUGUUGAUUCAUCAGCAAUACACUCCCCUGUAACAGUUUGCUAACCUCCAAGCUCUGGUUCACAAAUGGUAUUAGCAACUUCUUGGAAUCUGUUCAAAAAAGCCACAAUCACUUUAGCAAAAAGAAACCUAGGUAAAGCGGGGAGUGGAGCAGACACUGAUUGCAGCAGAAGUGAUAGUAACCCACCGUUUAUGUGUUUCUCAGCAGAUUCAGCCAGGGUUUUGACAGAGUACAAAACACUCAAAAACUUCUCGGAAAAAAAUUCAGAUGGACGGACCUAAAAAACGACACAGCAAAAAAACACACAACGUGAUUUGUAAAGCAACGAAGAAAAACAAGACCAAAGAAAUGACCGAUGCAGUUACAAAUGUAACAACAUGGUUUAUGGAUGAGGUAACAGAUAUCCUCUAUCCAGCAAUAAUGGAAUAUGAAGAGAGAAAAAUAACCGAGAGAGAUAUGAGAGACAAGGAGGCCAGUGCCAAAAAGUGUGUCUGCACAGGCAGAAAGAUAACACCCGGCAGCUCACCAGGAUGUGGGAAGAAAUGGAGUAGAGGAAAAUUAACCUCACUUUUUUCUCAACACUCACCUGGCUUGUCUCCAGGUAUUGGCAGAGAGGUUUGGGAAGACAAUCUUCCUGAGCCUGAACCGGCAGCAGUACCUCCUCAUCCAGCUAAUCAUCUCUCCCAUUUGUCCAGGGGGAGUGUGUGCAGGGCUGCUCAGCUUGAGCAUCCCAGGCAGACUUUCCAAGCUGAGCGAUUUCCCCAUGGCCAAAGGUACUUUCAGUACAACCUGACACAAAAAGAUGGCCAAUUAGAAACCCAUCUCAUUAGGGAAGAUAUUUCCUCUGAUGUCGCACAAGAUCACCCUAAAACAGGCAUGCUUAGAAAGUUAUUCUCACCGAUCAAUGCCCAGGAAUGAAUGCUCAGUUCUGGGGAACAGGUCCAAAGGGAAGG